AUGAUUCGCGGGAUGAGCCGACUUUAUUUUGCCCCUUAUACCUGGGCGUGCGUCGGCAUCCCACCCAACGUCUGCUGCAGCUACGGCGGGGCUAACACCGGCCGGGCGAGCAUUGCUGUCGUGGCUAUCCGGUCGGGCUGGCGUAUCUGCGCCAGGUCCUAUACCGGAGACGGCUACAGGUUCUUUGGCACCGAGCAAUGCAACAACGGCCGGACCUCGUUCUGCCUGCCCUACACGACGCGCGGCGACCGGUCCGGGGCCCACAUUUGGUUCGUCAACCGCAAGCGCGCCGCCGACGAGUCGUGCCCGGCCGAGCAGCCCGGCACCGGCACCGAAAAGUGCACGGCCUCGGUUAUGUACAACACCAUCGGGCUCGCCGACGGCACCGAGUACGACAUCGCCGGCCUCAGCGAGGCCCAGGUCGAGGAGCUGGACAAGAUCUCCGUUUCCGGAGCCGGCGUCGAGGCCGUGCCCGCCUCGUUUGCGCUUCACCGCCGCUAA